GACAAAUAAGUGAGCAGUAUUUUUGUAUGAGUGCUUUGGACCUUCGGAAACGCCAUUUUGGUUUUGAUGGAAUAAUCAAGAAGUGACAAAAUCAUAUAUUUUCGGACUGCACAUCAAUAUCCUUGUUGCUUUGCUCCACUGUAGCAUGCAACAUCCACAUUUCUGUACAGGGUUAAGGCAUGGCUGACAGGCGAAAGCUUCAAGGUAGCAAGAAAUAAUGAUUGGCGUGCUCGAUUCCAUGUUUUCAUUGUUUCCACUUCUAAAGUUCUAAUUUUAUUUGGUAUACUUGGCCUAAUGUUUAAUCAUAGAGCUCCUCACUCCUCAAUUUUUCUACUGAAAAAGCAAGUUUAAAUUAAAAAAUGAAACAGCCAAAUCAUACAUUACAAUACAUUUUAUAUCAUAAAGUAGCAGUCCAAUUUUGGUACCUUCUAAAUUUAACAAUGAACACUACCUCUGCAGUCAGUCUCUUGCUCCUACCACAAAUCACAAUCCAACUGCAAAAUAAGAAUGUUGAAUGUCUUUUUUUACAAUCUCUACACUAUUUCUGUGAUGCUUUGUAGACCUUAAGACAAUUUAAAAUUAUAUCAUAGAGCCAACUUACUAGCCAUAGACCCAGACUCUUUGAGUAAACAGGACUUCUUACUUAUAGUAUCUAUACUAAAAGUACUAAAUAUAAGGGAGACUUAUUUUACAAAGUUAAAUGGCCGGCAAUGAAUUAAAAGUGAUUAAUUCUUAAAAUUGUCAACUUUGUCGUGACUUAGCCUAGUUUGUUUGACUUGGGCCUAAACAAUUUUGAAUUUAUCUGUAUGAUUAAGAUGACUAAGUGUAGGCCCAAGUCAUCUCAUAAGUCAUGAUAAGUUAUAAGGCAAAUGACAAUGAAUGAUAGGGUAAUGCUUGUAAAGCUAUGAGUGCGAGUAUGGGUUACGUCAGAUUUAUAAAAUAAAUCUAAAUUCCAGGAUUUGGUCGAGGCCUAUGCUUAAAAUUUACUGCUAAACAGCUCAGAAAUAAUUACAAUGACAUUCUUACUGUACUUUGUAAACUUUGUUUAUUUAGGUGCUAGUCCCUUUCCUCUCUGGGGCAUAUUUUAUGUUUUGAAAAUGCAGACUAAUAAAACCAUGAAUCAAAAUAAGAAAUUGCUGGUGUUUGUAGGGGGAAAACUUUCACAGGCAUAUUUAUAAUUAUGUACCCCAGGUCGCCCAGGAUGCAAAUAUUCAGUUAAGACUAAUUCUUCUUUUAAAGUUUUUCAAAAGUUUAUUUUCACUUUUGCUUAAAUAAUCAAGUAGGCCUAUCAGAACAUGAAACAUGUAACUUUUAAUUUAAGAAUAGAUUGCUUUAAAAAUACUUAACUGUCUUAACCAAUUAAAUUCAUUUUGCUGCUGUUUCUACUGUGUUAGGUUAGGGAUACCACCGUGGUAAACAUGAUAAUCAACAGAUUAUUAUUUACUAGUAUUAAUAUCAUAAUAAAGACUGUGUUUAUCUCAAAUUGUAGCCAUUAUAAUAGAAACUUUAACGAAUGAUGUUAAAUGAUAAUGGGGUUUCUGAUAAUUCGGUUUGGAAAACAAUUGAAUUAUCGGUUGUUGGUUUUCAAAAAACAAUUAGGCUUUUUACUUAUUUUUAUUUCACAAAAUGAUCAAAUGUUGUAAAAACAUGAAUUUUAAAAAAAAAUAAGUUGCCUUUUAAGAUUGAAAACACGGAAUUACUUACGCCAACACUCAUUUCCAACAUAAAAUUUUCGGUGUGCCAAUCUGUAAUGAAAGUCAGAAAGUACCUAACAUAUAUUUCUAUGAUUUUUAUAAUCUGAAUCAGAAUCCAUAGGAAACUAGAGUUAAACCUUGUAAAAUCAUGUAUUUAUAAACAUUACUUAAAGCAACAAAUUUUGCUGACAAUUAAUAAAGCAGAUUUCAGUGAUCUGUCACAGAAAUUCACCAUGGGCAUCGUGUGGAUUUUGUCCGACUAAGUGAGUAUAGCAGUACUUACUAUGAAUGCCUAUUAAACCGAUGACUGGAUUAAAAUCUGACUUCUAACAUGUUAAUUGGUUUUUCGCCGGGUCUACAAAACGUGAAAUAUUUAAUAAGAUGGAAAAAGAAACAAUAAUUUUGGCACUCCACCCUACUCCUAUAGGGAUUAUUCCUGUCGGUCAGUCACAAUUAAAUAUUUGAGAAGCACUGGGUUUAAUUCAUUUCAAGCUAUUGAAUUCACCACAGUGCAGAAUUUUUUUUCAAAAUGUAUAUUCUGCGUCUUUGUAAACACUACCCAGGUCAAAGAAAACAAAAACUUACGCCAUUUUUUUUUUUAAAGAUUAGCUUAUCUCUUCGUUGGUAAAAAAUAUUUAAGUUUUUUGUUUAAAAGCAUUUCCUAUUACAACUAACAUCUGGAGAGGAUUUUCUUAUACAGUGUAUCCAAAAGAUGAUUAGUCAAUAUGAAAAAAAGGCAAUUUUGUUUAAUGAGCAAAAUGGCAGAUCAUGGAUUAUCUGCUUAUUAAUCUGUGCAACCCUAAUUAUUACUUAACAUUUUAUAAUUCUUCUAGUAAUAAGAAAUUCAUUUAAACAUAUUUUUAACAUAAAAAUAUAAAAUGGUGGAUUCAAAAUAUAAAUCACUCCAUCCUGUUGUGAUCCUUAUUAAAAAUUUCAUCAUCCCCUCAUCUAUCUAUUGGAAAAAGUUAUGCAUGUUUAUUGUAAGAUUUUAUCCUUGAAAUAUUUUUUUUUUUAACAGGAGAGAUUGAUAGAUGUCUAAAGAAAGUAGACGAAGGUGUUGAAACUUUUGAGGAUAUUUGGAAGAAGGUUUGUGUAUACCUAAAUUUCUUUUAUAUUUUUAACAAGGACAACACUUAAAAAAAAUAUAACUUUUUUUUCAUAUUAAUCAUAAAUUCUGUCAUUUCUGUGGUGUUCUAAUUAAUAAGCCUUUUAUUAACCAUAAAUUUAUUUGUGUUUUUUAAAAUGUAGUCAUGCAUAUCAUAUUUAGUGCUCAUGUCUCCUUUUUUCUAUGAUAUAAUGAUCACUUAGCAUGAACUUAAAUUAGAUGAGUCACUUAUUAAAAUUCACUCACCUAUGUUCAAAUAAUAGUUUGCAUUAUUUCAUUUUGGUAAUGAUCAUUAUUUAUCUUAAAAUAAUUAUGUCUUUUGAGAGUAAGUGUGACCAUGCUCAUUACUUAAUUUGUUUUAAAAUUUCCACCAAUAUUUAAAAAUAAAUAUUUUUUUGAAAAAUAAAUUAUUAAUAGCUUUGAAAUAAAAGUUUAAUUAUAAAAUUUUAUUUAAACUAUUACGUUUGAUCUUUUUCAAGUUGUCUAUGGUACUUUAAAUUAUCAGUAUUUUUUGGGCAGUUUUGCUCUUUGACUUCAAUCUAAAAUAAGAUUCUCUUUCUAUAAAGUGUUUGUAAUUUUUAAGUUUAAAGUAAAUCAUUAAAACGUGUGUUGACAAGUGUUGAAUUUUGACACAAAAACUUCCUAUUUAACGUGUUUUAUCACUCACAUUUCAUUCAAACACUUUAUAAAUGCUUGUUUGUUUAAUAAAACUUUCCUUACAUUUAGCGACCCAUUUUGCAGGUUCAAACUGCUACAAAUAGUAAUCAAAAGGAAAAAUUUGAAACUGAUCUAAAGAAGGAGAUAAAAAAACUCCAAGUAAGUAUAAUUCUUAUAAUACACUCAAAUUUGAACUGACUACAUGUAGUAUUUAAGUUCUUCUGGCAGGUUUUUGUGUUUGUACUGUUUUCAGAUUGUCUAAGAUUUUGAACUUUUUCAAAAAUAAACAACUGAUAAUUUUAAUUGUAUUGAUUCAAAUUCUUUUAAAUAAGAUGUAUAUCAAACAUCUGAAACACAAGUUAUUUAGGACUGUAGAAAAGUAAAUGUUGUUACUUUAAUAUUAAUUUUUCAUUUUAUUCUAAAUUUCAAGCGACUCAGAGAUCAGAUUAAAUCAUGGAUUGCCAACAGCGACAUAAAAGACAAAUCCUCGCUCAUGGAUCACCGCAAAUUAAUAGAAACGGUAGGCUUUUUUUUAGCUUUCCUUUAAUAUUUUUAAAUAGUAAUGGUAUAAUUAUAUAUUCUUUCUGUUAAGACAUUUUAAUUAUCAAUUUAAAAAUUUAUGUCUUCGUUGCUAAAAAGUUCUGAAAUAUUUAACGAAGUCUAUUUACAUAAUUACUUUCAAUUCAGCAAAUGGAGCGGUUCAAGGUAGUGGAACGUGAAACAAAAACAAAAGCAUACUCCAAAGAUGGACUAGGCGCAGCUGCAAAGCUGGACCCACUCGCUAAAGAGAAAGCAGAAGCCACCCUUUGGUUAUCGGUAUGGCUUUCAAUUAGAUCUUUAAAAUAGAAGAAUUUUUAAAAUAGUAGGCCUAAUAUUUAUCUGGUAUAGUAUCGAAUUAGAUUGCAUUGAAUGAUCUUACCAUUAACUCAGAAUUCUGAAUUUCUCUUUAUUUCAACACUGACUAUUGACAAUGAAUUAAUAUCAUCAUAAUUAAAUAAAAAUAAUUUGCUACUUGUGAAAUAAUUUUGUUGUAAUCUAGUGAUUUAAUAUUAAAGAAUUUCAUAGCCCUCAAAAAAUGUAAUUACUGUUAAAAAGGGAACAUUUAUGUGAUAAUUUCAAUGAGACACUUUCAAUAAAAUAAUUCUUUCUAUAUAGGUUGCAUUUUAUUAUAUAACUUUAAGUUCUAAUCAAAAGCAAACAAUUUUUCAAUACCACCAAAAAAAAAUAAAAAGCAUUUUAAACUGAAAUAUAUUUAUAAGCCACAUAAAAAAAUUGAAAAUAUGGUGUUGUUGACACCCAUUUUCCUAUAAAACUUUUUCAAUCUUCACCAAUCUGUUAAACAAGUUCUUCUACAUUUCUAUAAAGGCCAAUUUCUGAAACUGAUCAUUGGUUUAGCGAAAAAAACAACCUAUGUUAACGUCCCAACUAAAUAUUAUUUUUACAAUGAAUUAGUAUAUUAUAUUAACCCUGCCUUAACUCUUGGUAACUCUGUAGGUGUUUUACAUUUAUUAAAGGAUCUUUAUGACAAAAGUAUGAAUUAUUUGUUUAAUUUCAGAAUGCAAUUGAGAACCUAAAUGUGCAGCUUGAUCAAUUUGAGAGCGAACUAGAAUCUAAAGGUUCUUCUAGUAAGAAAAAAGGCAAGGCAGGUGAAGUAAGUAUACAUCAUAUCUUUUUUGUGAUCUGAAGGAGAAUAAGAAUAUUCAUUACAGGUAUACCAUGUAGUGAAUAAAUAACUGAAAGAAUUUAGAAUACUUCUUGCUUAUUUGUGGGAGCAAAUAAAUGUUGUAAUAUAUUUUUUGAAAAUUUAAUGGCCGAGAGAAAAUGUUUUUGCUGUUAAUAAUAUGAUCAUGGAGUGGCAGUCCUUGUUACACUUUCUGCAAGUGGCCUUUCUGCUGGAUUCUAUGUCCAGCUUUUUUGCAUUUUGUCCCAUCCUGGCUUGUUUAACUCCCUCCCUCUUUGACAGCAAGGCGCCAGCCCGAGUUGUCUUUUUGAUAUACUCUGUCAUUAUACCAGCAAAACUUAUCAAAAGAACAAAAAUACUGUCACGACUAGAUUAUAAUUCAUCAAAGAAGUGUUUUAUUAAAUUGGAUCAGCUACAGUGACCACAUAUUUUCAUUGUUGCAAGCGCUCCCACAAAAAAUAUAAAAUAGAAGGAAUAAAGCUUCGAUAAUUUUCACUGUUGUAUUUGUGAAACAAUUUUUUCAAUGAUGCUAUUCACUUCGUACAUUUUUUAAAUUUUAUUUCCGUUAAAAGGCCAGUUGAUAUAUGUUAAGUAAGAGCUCCACAACAUUUUUCCUCUUAUGGCACCCCUAGGCCCUGCCCAGAAAGUAAAAACAUUAAAAAAAUAUUGGAAACUUUUGGUAUGAACAUGUUUUGCGGAUCAUAGAUGUUUAUUAUUUGAUCUAAUAUCAGAUGAAGCUACUUGAAGUUCACUCAUUCUACCAAGAUCUUUUUUUAAAUUUCAGUGACGUUAAAGUUCAAUGUACCUUAAUUCCAACAAAUUCCUUUGAAUGGGGGGUGUGUGUUAAAUAUUUUUUUUAGACUAUUGAUUCUUAAUGAAAGCAGCAUUAGUAGUGUGUCAUUUUACAUAUGAUUAAAUCAUCAUUUAUGAAUUAUUCUUGAAUUAAAAGUAGCUGAAAAUUAUGUUCACCUUUGUUAGUGAAAAUGUUUAUUUUAAAUAACGGUAGUGAAAAGGGCAUUUUUGAGCGGAAAUUUAGUUCACCAAAUUGGUAUGUGCAUCUUUAUCAUUCGGAUCCAGUGGCUCUUUGGGCAUUUACACAUUCUGUGAUAUUUGACUGAAUAAUUGUAACAGUUUGGUAAUAAGCUAAUCAUUGUAUUAAAAAGAGUAGCUCAUAAUAAACUCUGUGGUUUGCUUCCUCUUGGAACCCUGAUGCUGCGGCACACCUGGCAGCAUCUUGCAGCACACCAGUGUGUCGCAGCACACCGGUUGCAGAGCUCUGUGAUAGAGGUAUCAAACGGAUUAAAAUUACAGUGGUAUUAAUAUUGUAAUGAAAUUAAUUGCUAAUAGUUGAAUUCCUAGCUUGAAUUUAAAUACUCUUUCAUAGCUGAAGUAACUUUUUGCCCUGCUUAUAAAUAAAUCCUUUGUUCUGAAAAAUAACUAUUUUAAAUUCACUUUUUUAAACAGUUUUGAUCCAAUCCUUAUUUUUAGUUAUACUCAAAUAUUAUACUAAUUUUGCCAUUGUUGACAUAAUGUGUAAUUUAAAUUGUUUGCAUCAUAUUAUUUCUAGGAUCCAAGAAUAGACCAAUUAAAACAGCAACAAGAAAGGCAUAAAUUUCACAUAGAAACAUUAGAGAAAAUAAUGAGACAAGUCGACAAUGACAAAUUACCUGUUGAUAAGGUAAACAAAAUUUUGUUGUAAUUUAGAGUUCAUGAAAUUAAACUAAAGUCAUGAAAUAAAACAAAAAUUACUGUUAUAAAACAAGAUAGAGAAAAAAAAUAUUUACAAAGAAAUUGUUUAGAAAAAAGUAAGUGCCCUGCGUAGUAAACAUACUUUAUAUUUGUUUUUUAAUUUCAGAUCAAAGAACUCCGAGAAGAUAUAGAGUAUUAUGUAGAGUCUAAUCUAGAGUCUGAUUUUAAUGAAAAUUUAUACCUUUAUGAUGAAUUAGAUCUGGAAGAAAUUGGUAGUAAGUACUUUUUUUUUCAGCAGUAAGUACAAUGAGAUUCUUAACAAUGUUGUAGAGAGGGUUUUAAUCAGAUACUUGCUUCAAGUGGUUUCACUUAAUCUAUAAAAGUUUAUAAUGACGCAUAAUGAAAAAUCUUAAAUUAUUUGAUUAUCUAAAGUUGUUGUUUGUCCGUCGAAAUCGUCUAGGACCAUAGAGUCAUCCGGUUAGGGGGAGGGUGUGUUACGGUGAGCUCGUAGGUGGCUUGCUAGACCGAUCCGUGCUCGGAAUAAUCUAUUGCACCGCGAGCAGGGGAUAGUUGCUGCAGACGGUGAGCUAAUGUUGCUUUUGUUUUAAAUUUAAAGUAAGGGAUAGUCCAAACUCAUAUUUUGUAUAGAAGUGAAUUUAGAAAAUUCAGGUGCCUUUGCAACAAACCACCCUGUUUUUUUCCAACCAUUUUUCCCAAUUCAUAACUUGAUCAUCACAUUUUAUAAUACUUUACAUUCUGGUGACUCAAAGCAAGGACUUGCAUAGAAGGCAUGUGUGUCCCAAUUUAAUGCAGUCAGUAUGUUGUAAUUCGUUAAUUAUUGAGCUGCUUCAGAUCUGGCUAUUGUUUCAUCUAACUAUUCAAUAGUUCAAUUGGCGAUUAAUAAUAUCUCAAACGAACUGGUUCAAUCAGCAAAGGUUUUGCUAUGGUGUCUACUUGCUUUAUAUCUAAUAUAUUAAACAUAAUUUGAUUGUUUCUCAAUUCAAAAUAAAUGUAAGUUUGAAAAAAAAUUAUUGGGCAUUGGUGAUAGAGACAGUUCCACCUUAUUAUAUUGUGUAAAUUACAAUGCUGUUGUUAAAAUAUUUUGAUCACAGGGCUUGUCAUUUCUUUAGGUUGUUUUUUAGUCACCUGAUCUGUAUUUAGAGUUGUUUUGUUGCAGAUAUUUUAAUCUGGUAAAAUGUUAAAAAGGGCAGUAAGCAUAAAAACUGGCAAAGCUUUCCAUUUUAACAGAGAAUUCUUAUAGACUCUUCAUGCUAGAUUAUUUAUCAGGUUCACUGUAAUGAUACAUAUUUGUUCCUACCAAGCAGCAGAUGCACCAGCAAUAGCAUCAUCACCAAUAGAAGGUGAUGAAUUCAUGGACAAAGUAGUGAGUACACCGUCAUCAACAAACUCAAGUUCUCCUUCACCUAGUCCCAGUGUAAAUGCCAAUCAUUCCAAUGUAGGUGACAGCUAUAGAAAUAUUCAUUAUUUAUAUUUGGUAAGAAAAGAUUGAAAGAUUGUAUUGAUAGAUGAUUUGUACCCCAUCUGGCAGAAUUAUAGAUAAAACUUGCAUAUUUAGGCCUGUCCCAAAGUGUUGAAGGUGUACAUGUUUUUUUUAAUAUUUUGUUUGUUUGCUUUACAUUUAUGAAACACGAGACAUGAAUAAUUUUUAUUUAAAUUUAUUGUUUGAAAAUACUUUACAGGAAAAGCAUGAUGAUAUGGAUAGAAAACGACAUAAAUCUCAAUCGGAAGAGGUAAAUAAAUCUUUAAAUCUUUGUUCUAUAAAUUUAAAAAAAAAUAGGAAGUUUUUUGUUUAAAAUUUAUAAUUACUAAAAAUCAAAAGUGUUUUUAUUUAAUUUAAAAUGUGCUUUAUAAAUGUUUAUUUGUAUAAUAUAUAUUUAUUUUUAAGACUUUAUUUAUUGUCAGCAGAAAAGUGCUUCUCCGGCACCGUCAGGAAUUUCUAAACCUCAGUCUUUGGUAAAACAACAUUCACAAAAGUAAGAUGAUUUAUCAUCUCCUCUACCAUACCUUAUUUGCUAUUAAUUAGAAUGGCUUAUACAUAAGAAAAGUUUACCUCCCACAAGACUAGAUCUUAUUUUAUUGUGGAGCGCCAGUAUUACACAAGAAACCCAAAUGACCCAAACAAGGAUUUUUAACGCAAAAGUUCCUAAAUUUGAGUUUUUGACAUACUUAAGCACAGGAUUCUAUGACCUCCAUCUUGUUGGCAACUAAAGGUUGUUUUUUUCUUUUUAAAUUAAAUAUAUGAGUGAUUUUAAAAAGUAAUUGGCGUCAUCACACCAUGAGAAUCAGUUUUGAUGAGACAUGGAUUCAUUAUUGUUUCACAUAAAAUACACAAUCAAAUGUCAACAUUGAUGAAAAUCUAUUUUAACAACUGCAUGUAGCAGGAAACCAACCACAACUAGCAACACCUUCUUUUCCUGGAGCAGAUAUAAUUAAUUUUAAGCAUAUUUUAAAAGCAAAACCAUUUAGCAAAUACGAUCCAUUUAAAAAUAUCUACUUGGUAUUAGAAAAUGAUGUUAAGAGAAAUAUGUAUUUUUUAAAGGAAAUAUACUUUUUUUUCCCCCUUAAGUACUUUUAAUUUUAUUUUAAAUAAGAACUUAAUAAUUUUCAGCAAUACCAGUGCACAAAAUUCAGAUAGCAACUCUGUGAAUAGCAACCAUCAUCCAUCGACAACUCCGUCGCCUUUGACAGCCUAUGCUGUUGCUGCAGGAGGGCAGCAGAACAGCACACCAGGUAUUAAUUUAUUACUAAAUAAAGUCUUAUUUGUGUCUUUACAUUGUGGUCCAUAUUCCGUAGUUUCCUUAAUAUCCGAUUUUUAGAAAGUGAGGCAAGGUUGGUGAUAUAAUUUUAUCAAAAAUGAAAUAGGAAAAAUACCUGAUAUUGAAUGAGCUCACUAGGCUUGUUCUUGAUAUAUAUUAUUUACUAUUAUUUUUUUUUUAGAAAAUUUUAUUCUUUGCUAUUUUGUUCACUGCUUAUUUAUCUUUUAAUUUUAUCUUUUGACUUAAAACUGUGAUUGUUUUUCAAGCUUUAUACAACGCAAGCAAUAUAUUUUAUAGAUUUUUUUUAAACCCACUGAUGUAUAGGCUGUAACAAUUUUUUUUUUUUUAAAUUAUAAUAGUGGUGUGAAUUUUUAUGUGCUCUAAAAACACAGUGGUUAUAAUUUAAAAGUAAAAAAAAAUUAAAGUAAAAAUUGACCAAUGCUGUGUUAUAUCAUCCUAAUUUUUCUAAGCUUUAAAACAUUAACAACAAAUUUGAGUGUGUCGUUUAAAACUCAGAUUAUUUUAUUACAGUUAAGAUUACUGCAGGUUAUUUAAAAAAAAUUAUAUUUGUAAGCUAGUCAAGCAUAUUCAAAACAUUUAUUUUGGGUUAAUUGCCUUAGUGAGCUUAGAUUUUUUUUUUUUGUUGUCUUCUGAUUCUUUUUUUCUACAUACUAAAAAAGUACUGUAAUAAAUGCAUUAGUCACCAGAAUUACUAAACUGUUGUGUUUUUUUAAGUUUAAAUAAGAGGGUUAGGUCUCUUGUUUGUGGAUGUAGUGAAAUGGCUGUAUUGAUUAGAAGAAGGGCUUUCUAUUCUUUUAUUUGACAUGUAAGGGUUGUGGUGUGAUUAUUAACAUUUUGUAUGGUUAAUAUGAAUCAUAUUUUUCUUUGCAAGCUUGUGUUUUUGUAUCUCUGAUGUUUUACAAAAUGAGACUGGAAAAAAAAAUUAAAUACCCAUUAAAUUCUUCCCGUAAGCUUAAUUUUUUUCAGUAUCUGACUAUAAUUUAAUGAUUGAAUCUCAUUUUGUGAUCAUCAUUUAUUUUAACAUAUAAUUUACUGCUUGUUAAAGUUUUUUUUUAAUUAGCUCUAUAUUUUAUUGGGUAACUUAGUUGUUAUAUGUUUUCAUAGGUCCUCGAUUUUCUCACCCAAACCCACCCUCUGUGUGGCAGCGUAGUUUAACUGCCCAAACUAGCUUUCCUAUUGGUAAGACAUAACUAUAUCUCCACAUGACUUGUUAUGGCACUGCCUUGCUGAGGCUAGGGUUGAUAAAUUAACCGGGAGUGUUCUGCCAUCGUGCAUUUUAUUGUGCAAAUUAAUCUUUUAAAAGUAAGCCUAUUUAUAGAAUUUUGUAACUGAUUUAAUUACACUGACAAAAUGAUUUUCAAAGUCUAUUAUGCCUCCUAAAAAUAGAAAACUUUCCCCAUGUUAUUAAAAUUUUAGUACAUCUUGACUUCCAAGGGGUCUAAAAAUAAAAGCCAACAAAUUAGGUAAUCUUAUGACAAGUCACUGGAAGACAAAGUGAUAUGUUCACACUUUGGUCUUAGUCAACCCUAGUCUUUUGUUGGCAAUUUUUCUUUCAGUUUCAGUUAAUGAAAUUGUACAUGCUUUGAUUAAUGUGCUUGAAUCGAUGUUUAUGCAAGUGAAAAAAUCAAUUGUCAGUUUUAUUUACAGUAUAUAUAAGCACAUGAAAUUUAGACAAACAGGUUAGUUAGGUAAAGAUAAAAGUAUACUAAUGAAGAAAGUAUAUCCUUAAAAUUUAAAAAUUCUUUUAAAAGUAGACACUUACUUUUCUGAGGCUAAACGUUAUUACUUGUUUUAUGGUGUGGUAAAAUAUUUUCAUUUGCACGAUAACACAAGUGAAAGAGGAUAUUAUUAAAAAUUGAAAUAUAAUGACUAGGGGUGUGCCGGAAUCCGGUUCCGCCGGAUUUUGCACUAUCCGGUGAAAUCCGGUUCCGCCGGAUUUACAUGUAUCCGGAACAACCGGAAUCCGGAAUAUACCGGAUUUCGGAAUUUGCCAGAUUUUGUGACUCACCGGAUCAUAAUCUGAAAUAAAAGUAAUUCUCUUUCCCGAAUUCCACACGAUCACGAUACAUUAAUCGAUUGUUUCGAGCGUUGAGCUUGUUUAAUGUUUAAUAUUCCGAACAUACCAGAGGCUAGAGUCAGCACCGCUAAUAGUGGCCAAUAGUUCCGGAAUCCGGGAGAAACCGGAAUCCGGAUCCGGCGGAUUUCACAUAAGAAAAUCCGGAUCCGGUUGGAAAAAACGGAUCCGGCACACCCCUAAUUAUGACGAUAUAAUCCCAUUGGGUACGGAACAGUUUAGGCAGUAGAGAGGACGAGUUUCUAAACAUUAUUUUCAUAUCCCUGGAUACAAAUUAUCUUAAUGAAGGUACAAUAUCUUAGUGCUUUCUGAGCUGCAAAAAUGAAGUUUUAAGUUUUUCAUCUAUAAUAUAUGGAGCAUUUAUGAAUUGCCAUCUAUAAUUUAUGGAGCAAUUAUGAAUGAACAAUAAGUGAAUUGUUUUUAAACUAGAAAAGAAUCGAAAUUAGUUCUCAAUGUGCAGUAUUUUUAAAACAAGUUUUUGUAAUCUAGGAUAUCAGGAAAUAACUUUCAAAUUUAUAUUUGAUUGUUACUAUAUUAAAUAAAAUCAAAUUAAAAGAUAUUUAAUUUUAAGUAAAAUAAACAUUUUUAAGCAUUAAAAUAUUUCUUGUAAAGUGUCACUUGAGAUCAAUAAUAUUGGGAUCACAAUUUGCUCUUUUUUUCCCCCGUUUCUUUCUAAUUUUUUCUUCUAGUUUUAAUUUUCUACUCUUAUUUCAUCCUGAAUAAAUUGGUCCAGUUUGACAUUAAAGUCUAUCCAAAAAGAAACAAAAGUUGUUUUUUCUUCACUCAGCUGAAAAAGAGGAAAAUUACUAGUAAAUUACUUAUCAAUUGCGGAACAGAAAUGCUUUAGGAUGAAAUCAUUAUAUUUCGUGCCUACAUAUGUCGAUAAUUUAAAACAAUACCUGUUCAAAAAGCUCCUUACCUGAAUGCCCCUAUUUUCCCUAUCAAUGUUCAUAUGUUUAAAUUACCCCUCUACUUUUAUUGUGUCUAAUAUAUCAUCAAAAUUUAUUCUGCAAUUACUAGAGUUAGGAGAAUUAUGUGUAAUUUUGUUAGGAGAAUUAUGUGUAAUUUUGUUCCCUAGCAGCUUUUGUUACAUUUUUUUAAACUGUUCAGUAUGCUAGAUAUUGAUUGGAAUGUUCAUUUUUAAGAAAAAUGUCUUUUAUAUUGGAUAUUAGGAAGCUUAAUAUCUUUUUUUUCCCCUGGUCUUAUUUGCAUCUUGACAUUUGUAUUUUUUAUUUUAAAUAUAAACUAUUUCAAAAUUGAGUGUAAUGAAAAGUGGGAAUUGUACUGUUGAUUAUGUUUGUAUUGUCUUUUCUUUAUUUGAAACAUUUUAAAGAAUUCUUAAUUUUUUAUAUUUUCCUGUUUUGUUGAAAAAAGCAAGUAGAAAUAGAGGCUCAUAGGAAGAAUGCUAUUAAAUAAUUUUGAAAAAAAAAUCACCCCAUUACAUUUACAGUUUAAAAAAAUAUUUGCAAAAGAUGUAAAUAUAUUUUGCUUUGUAUUUUUGUUAGGUUGGAAUAAGUUUUUAACCCUUACAGUACCUGGCGCAUCUUUUUGCAGUGACCUACUUUUUCCCCUGUGGCCCAAGCACGUCUUUUUUCACCAGCCGAUUUUUUUUUACCUGUAGCCCAAUCGUGUCUAUUUGCCACAUAGAGGAGUAUCUAAUAUACACACAAAAACGAGGAUAUAAAAUUUCACCAUAGUCUCGGGCAGAAUGUUUAUUUGUUAGGGGAAUAGCCAAAUUUUAUUUUGCACUUUAAAUUAUGAAAAUUAACCCAUUACUGAGGUUUUUUAUGCUGAUAUGUAUUUGUUGUUUCCAUGGCGCUACGUACCGCUAUAAUUGGUGAUGACUUACGCCCACUUGAUGAAACAUUUUGUUCUGAAACUUAUUAUUGAGCGUUAAUUGGGAUUAGAUGAUUCUGAUGAGGGCAGGGAGAGGAAAUUGAUUAAUAAAAUAGGCCUACUAUAGCUCAAAAUGUACGCCUAUGGGAGCUUGUAGGUUUGACAGGUUUUAGACUAGUGUCAACGUAAAUAUUGAUUUAGUAAGAUCAACUGGACUCUGUGCUAGCGACAUAAUCCCCUUGUGUGACAUUGCCAAUGAAAAGUUUGAACAAAACACAUUAGUAUUUUUAACAUCCUUAUCCAUUUCUGAACAGAUAAUUCUCUACAUGUUAUUAUCAAUUGUUUAAAACAAAAAAGUUCGAAAAUAAUUUGCAAACCUAUCAAACUUUGGCUCAUUCCAAAAUAAUUCUGGGCCACAGGGAAUAAUUUGCAAAAUAAUAGCCGGUACUGAGGCUAAACAUAGCAAAAAAGUAGGUCGAUACCAGGAGGGGGGGGGGUUAAAUUUCCAUUAGACAGUUAGAUGCAUUCUUAGUUAGAUGAAUAUUGACAGGUUCAUGUUAGAAUGAUAAUGCUAUCUUCGGAACACUAAUUUAAUCAAUGUAACCAAAAUAAUUCUGGGCCACAGGGAAUAAUUUGCAAAAUAAUAGCCGGUACUGAGGCUAAACAUAGCAAAAAAGUAGGUCGAUACCAGGAGGGGGGGGGGGGUUAAAUUUCCAUUAGACAGUUAGAUGCAUUCUUAGUUAGAUGAAUAUUGACAGGUUCAUGUUAGAAUGAUAAUGCUAUCUUCGGAACACUAAUUUAAUCAAUGUAAGCAUUUGCAGUGUCUCAGUAUGAAGAUAUUCCAGGGUUUUUUUUAUGCUGGUAAAUCUAUUUUAAAGAGCUAAUUCAAUGAUAAAAUUAUUUUGUGGGUCCUAUAAUUUAUAGUAAUACUCAGUUUUUUGUGUCUCAAGUUAAAAUGUGACUUUUAACCCCAAUAAUUAAGUAUUUUUUUUAAAAUUAACUUAAUCUCUCCUUUUUAGCUAAUUGUUGUUUUUACCCCUCAAAUUUCUGCUCCCAUGGAUACAGAAUUUAUAUUUAUAUGACCUUGCUUCACAAAUAAAAAAAAUGAAAUUUUAGAAAGAAAAAAAACUUAGAUGACAUAUUUCUUUGAAUUUUUAAACUAGCAGUGCUGUUCUCGUCUAAUAUUUUGUAAGAAUGGUAUAUACCUUUUUAAUACAUUUACAUAACACUGAAUUCAGUUGAAAUUAUUUAUUGUUGGAUUAAACACUUAAUUGUCAUCCAGUUUUGUGUAAAUAUUUUUACAAUUUAUGGAAAUUCUCAUUGUUUUAUAUGUUUUGCUACAGAUUCAUCAAAACCUCAUGUGAAUUCAAUAGACCAUACUGCAGCUGGAAGCUUAACAAGUAGUGGUAGUUUGUCCAGUUCUACAAACACAAACUCUGUCUCUUUGACUUCAUCUGGAAAUCCCUCUGUGCCAUCGGCUCCAUCACCUUUAACUGUAACAAUUGCUGCUGCUCCACCACUCAGUACUGUGAACCCUUCGACUUCGUCAGGUAUCAACAAUUCCUCUCAGGUCCAUAACAGUCAGACAGACAGCACACCUGUCAUGAAUGGGCCUAUAAGUACAAAUGGCCCAACAUUUCAAAAAGUUAAGGUAAAUGAUAAUUCUGUUCAUUUUACAGUGUUUUUUGUUUUUGCAAUGCACAUUUAAUAUAUUUAUUGCAUUUUGAUUAAGACUUUUUUCACAGUUGAAAAAAGAAUUUGUUUGAUUGGUUGUUGAUGUUUUCAACACCUUGAGGCGAAAUUUCUUUGAGUUUUAUUUGGUGCACAACUUAGUCUGGUUACACACUUUAAUUGUUUAAAGUGAGGCUGAUCCUGUAUAACAUUCCCAAAUACAAGUAUUUAAAAUUCAAGUGAAAUGCACGUGAGCUAUGCCUUGCAUAUUCUUAAAGGUAAUGACUGUUAACCCAGUCAUUAUUUAGAUUCAUUAGCAAAUGUGUUGAUGGUUUUCAGGCUGGUAUAGCUGAGCUUGGGGGAUUUGAUUUUUAUUAUUUAAGAGACCUAUUUACAAUGCUCAUGUGAGGAACAAAAUCUAAAAUCUAUUGUUUUUUGUCUCCCUAAAUUUUUGUGGAUGCAGUAUUUAUUGUGGAUUUUCUUCUUCUGACAACUGGAAUAAGUCUGUAUCUUUCAACCCUUGGAAUUCUGGGGUUUUUCCCAUUGGAAUUUGUAUCACCCAGCAUAAAGUAGACAAAAUGUAAGAAAUGGAAGUACACAUGAGGGCAGUAGUAUUUUAACUAUAAUUAUUUGAUAAAACACCCUUUCUUACAGCAUAUAUGCCAUGAAAGGUAUAUUCCUUAACAGCGACUGUUGUUGUAGGUAAAUUUACAAACCCAUUUAUGAUGGAAUCUGGAGUUCGACAGGGAUGCCUGCUCUCACCAUUCCUCUUUCCGUUAUGAGAGAAACAACACUGGAUGGGAAAAUGGAAUCCAGUGGACAUAUUUAAGACAGUUGUAGUAUCUAGACCAAUUCAGGUGAAAACAACAAAACUUGACUCUGAAUCUCAGCAAGUUGGACUUAAAGAGAAAACCAAGACCUUAAGAAUAAAUACAUCGGAUGAUGGGGUCAUUUGGAUUAACUUGAGAGAAGCGUCUCUUGAAGAAGUUAAAACUUUUACAUACCAGAGAAGCAUCAUAAAUAAAAAUUGGAGGGACAGAUGAUGACAUAAAGGCUAGGGUCCAAAAGGCAGUUUCAUUGCCCUGCGAAACAUCUGGAACUCUAGUGAAAUACUGACAAAAACAAGGUAUAAAAUAUUUAACUCAAAUGUCAAUGCACUUCUUCUGUAUGGCUGUGAAACUUGGAGACAACAAAAACAAACAUUAAAAAAGUUCAGGUUUUUAUAAACAGAUACUUGCAAAGGAUCCUCAAAAGAAGAUGGUUUGAGAAAAUUUGUAACACUGCCCUUUGGGAGAAAACAUCAAAUGUUCCAGUGGGAAAAUAAGAUACAAAAGAGAAAAGGGAGAUGGAUAGUACACACAUUAAGGAAACCAAACACUAUCAUCAUUGGAAUCCUUAAGGUACCAGAAAAAGAGAAAGACCUAGAGUCACGUGGAAGAGGCGUUUAGAGGCAGAAGUGAAGAGAAAGAAUUUAAGUUGGGCUGAACUAACAAAGAUAGCCCAGGAUAUGGACAGAUGGAAAAGUAUUGUGGAUGGCCUAUGUUCCAUUGGGAGUGAGAAAGGCUAAGAAAAAGACUGUUGUUGGCGAUCAGUGACCUUUUUGUCAGUGGUAAGGAUAAAAAAUCAAAGAGACUCCAGCCUAGUUAGCUUCAUGUGGGAGGUAUGAAGCGGUUUCUAUUAAAACUUAACAUGCUAUUCUGACGCAGUGAGGCAGGUGACUAACUCCUUAAAACUCUUUUGGCUAGUCAAACUAUUUACAUUUAUUUUUCUUGCCAAAACCAUUGGUGGCUUAGUUGAGAAAUUACUACAGCUGUGAUCCACAAAGCUAUGUAGUUGAUGCAACAAAUUCUUAUGAAAAGUUAUCAUUAACUCUUAUAUGAUGCAAUGCUAGCAACACCUAAGUUGCAUUGACAUAAAGUUAUGUCACUGAGUAACUAAAAUGCUGUUUGCAAGGCACCUAAAAAGUUGUCUCAAACAUGGUUUGGUACCUUGUUUUUCUAUCUCUGGUUAUAAAAAGAACAAAAUUGCAAGUGUAAUAAAAAAAAUUCUAGGUUACAAUUGACUACAGUUACCUCUUACAUUCAAAGCAUUUGUGUUAAAAUUUGAUGCUUAAAGUCUAUUGAUCCAUUCAUAGUGACCUUUGCUAAGUACAAAUUAUUCACAAAUUCAUUAAAUCUUUUUAGACUUAGUGUAUUCUUAACACUAGCAAUAAGCUAAAUACCAGUAAAUGCGUUUGCGAAUAUAGUGUGUUUCAACUUCUAGAUUAUUUCCUCUCAGGGUUGAUAUUCAUUUGAACAAAAUUACAUUAAAUUGAUUUAAAACGGAUUAAUUUAAUUUAUUAAUUUUUUAAUUGAUUUUUUUCCCAUCUUUUUAAAAAGGAUUUAUUUUUUUAAAGCAUAUUAAUGUUUAUAAAGAUCUAGUUAAUAGCUUUUAAAUCAAGUUUUUGGAUUUAAAUUGCAUUUUUUAAAUUUAUUUAAAUUGGCCUUUUUCUUGGAUUUAAAUCAUUUAUAUUUUUUCCCCUCUAAUUUUUUUAAAAAAGAAUUUCUUUAGAUUUUGAAGUCUAAUGUAAUGUAAUUUUAAUGCACUUGAUGGUACUUAACAAUUUUUUAAUUAUAAAUUGAAUUUUAAAAUAAAAUUGGAUUUUAAAAAAGUUUUAAUCAGAUUUUCUCAAUUGAAGUUUUUUUAUUUUGUGUUAAAAAAAAACAAAAAAAUCAUUUCGUUAGUAUUUUGUAAUAUAAUAAUAUUUAUAUUGAAUAAUUUAUAUUAACUUAAUGUUAUUAAUAUUAUUUAAAUCCGUUCAUUGUAAAAUAAUAUAAGAAAAAUUAAUAAAAUCUAAAUUAAAUCUAAUUGAAAGGAUUUUCAUACUUUUUUUUAUAACUGAAAUUCUCAUUAUAUUCUAAUAAAAAUGAUUAUGAAAUUAUCAAAUAAAUAACUAAAGAAAAAUGGUUUUAAAACUUAUAAUGGAUAGUCAUGAUAGAGUCUCAAUACCAUAGUCUCAUAUAUAUAUAUAUAUAUAUAUAUAUAUAUAUAUAUAUAUAUAUAUAUAUAUAUAUAUAUAUAUAAAUAUAAAUAAAAGAAAUUCAAUUCAGUUUCACACUUUUAUAUGAUCAAUAUCAAUGUCAUAAUAUUGUAAUUUGUCAGUGACAUUUGAUUCCAACAAAGCCUUCUGAAUAAAUAAUUUAAAUAGAAAAAAAAAUUUAAUCGAAUAUAAAUGAAAUUUAUUAUUAUAAAUUUUGCUAUCACAAUUAGAUAUUAAGAAAUAAUAUAUUAUUUGACUAAUAAAUACAUAAAAACAAACAAAAUUUAUUUUUAGCAAGUGCCUUUAAAUAUAAAUAGUUAAUUAGAUAGAUAAAUAUAAAUUAAAAUUAUGUUUUAAAUCAAAUCAACCCUGUUUCCUUUACUUAAUGCUGUUUUACAAGCUGAAGGAGAACAUGUGUUAAGAUGAUAUGUCAUGUUCUUUUUUAUUUUUUCAACUGUCCAGCUAGGAGCUUUCAAUUUAAAAUUUGUUGAGCUUAAGAAAGUGAUGUUAUAUCUCUACUUUUGCUGAUCUUGGCUCAAGUCUAGUGCUUCUUUCCCCCCUUUCCUCUUCCUCCUUUCCCUCAUAAUUAAUUUUUAAAAUCCGGAAAACCCCAGUCAUUUAAUUGAAUGUUACGAAUCUGGUGUGUUACUGGGUUAAAGUUUAAAUAUAAUUUCAGUUCAUUGGUUCAGCUUUUUUUCAUACCAUAUAGUCUGGUUGUAUAGUCAUCAAGGGCUCUAGCAUUUAAUCGGUUUUUACUAUUCCUAAUAUUAUUAAAUUUUGGGGCUUGAUAAGACUAUAAUUUAUUUAUGCUCAUCUUUAAUCCUGAUGUCUUCGUAUUGAUUAAUUUUAAAAACCAAUUUCAGAAAUACAGCUAUUGAAAAAAAGUAUGUCUUGGUCAUAUUUCUGCAACUUAAACUAAGAAUGAAUGGAAAAUAAAUUCUUUAUUGCAACUAAUAUUGGCAAAAUAUAUGGAUCUUAGUCUGGGGUGGGCAACUUAAUUGCCUAUAUUUGGUAAAAAUAUGAUUUAAUAGCUUAUUUCUUCAAUUAAUUUCUUGUAUUAGUAGUAUUUCAUGAUUUAUAUGCAACAGUUGCGAAAUUUAGAAAAAGGUUUUCCACCAAGGAUUCAGAUAAAUAAUAUCAAACUAAAAGUCACUCCUAAUCUCCAAAGCAAGUAUGAAGUAAAUAUUUGUUACAGCCCUAUGGAUAGCUGUAUAUUCAUUGUAAUAGAGCAUAAUCGUAGCAGUAAGUUGUUGCUGUCCAUUUCUGACAGAGUCUUGAUCUUCAGAAAUUAUUUUUAACCGUUUUUUUUUAUUAACUACACACUAUAGUGAUUAAAAUUCUUUGACAAUCCAUUAUUUAGAAAAAUAUUGGUGAAGUGCGGUGCCCCGGCUAAAUAUUAUGGUUUGAUUGUGAAUCAAGGUAAAAUCUAACUUUGAAUAUCCCAAUUUUAAACUUGUUUAUGCCCUCAAAAUUCUUUUUGAAAUAGAUUUUCAUUGUUUUUCAGAAUGAUGAGCUCUCUUUGCGUACCAUGGCCCAGCAAGCGAUUGCAAAUAGUGAAUUGGAAAAAACACUGCCUUCAUCUCAUACACCUGUUGAAUCCUCUAGUAAGUAUUUCUCAAUGAGUUAUGAUUGAUUUGUUACAUUAUAACAAAAAUCUUUGAGAUAAAUAUUGUAUGCCUAAAGCAUUUAAACAAUCUUUUUUCUAUUUUUUUUUUUAAAAUUGAUAAAAAGUUGUCGUCAUGUGUAUUUAUAUUUAACGUUUGACAAAAUUAUAUUUCAGGUGUGUAUAAUAAUUCAUCACAAGCUCCUUCACAGCCCAUCACUCCACUAUCAUCUGAGCAGUGUUCAGUUAGUUUGUCGGAACAGCAGCUUUCAACGCAAUUGCCGCAGCAGCAGCAAAUGCCUCAAGCCCCACUGACAAAUACUAUCCACCUGAAUCCUUUAUUAGGUAUGGCACCACUCGGCCCAGUCCAGCUCGCUAAAGAACAGCACUAUCAAUCAGCAAUGGUGGAAGCAGCUUUCCACCAUCUUCCACACCCCUCAGACUCUGAACGAAUGAGGUAUUUAUGUUAACUUGUAGCUUUUUUAUUCUACCUUUUUAAAUCAAUUUUUUUAAAGCUCACUGGUUUAUAUGAAGUAACUAAUUAUUGAUAACUGCAUUAAUAAAAACAGACUCAACACAAUGUAGUAAGCAAUGUGUUGUGCACAGUAAACAUAAAAUGUUAGGUACUGAUUAUUACAUUAGAACUACAUUAUUUUAUUAUAAAGAUUUUCUCUUGGGAAGUAGAAAAUAUUUCAUGAAAUGGUGUUGAUAAUUUACCACUAUUUUAAUUUUUCUUCAAUUAUUUGCAGACACUUCUUGCCCCGCAAUCCAUGUUUGACGGCAUCCUACUACCCGUCAGCUUCAUUUCCUCAUGCAGAUACUGUUGAGUUUUAUCAGCGGUGUGGCACAGAAACGCUUUUCUUCAUAUUUUAUUAUAUGGAGGUUUGUAUAUUUUUUUAAACUGGUUAAUGAUAGAUAUUUAAAGAUCUGAGCUCUAUUGCAUAGGAAAUUGUUAUGCUGGUACUGAAUUUUAACCCAUGAACUGUGGUCAGCCAAAAAAUUCUGCUGAUGUUCUCGUUCUGUACUAUGUGGGCAGAAAAAAUUGACCGAUAAAAAACACAGUCCGAUAGCAACUCCCAAUCCAAUAUUUAACCGGAAUUAUAGCCACUUCCUUUAUUAAUAAUUAAAUCAUCUUCCGGGUCAAGCUGUUUGUUGAUAACUUAACAAUAGGCACUUUUUAAUGGAAAUUUUAUAUCACUGUUUUUUUUUAAAGAUAAAAUGGCUGAAGCUAUGGCUGGGCCUUCAGCACGAGAACUGAUGUAAAUAUUUUUUAAAGCUUUUUAGAGAGGAAUUAAGUGAUAGUGAUGAUGAUUUCAACAAUGCCAUUGACGAUCUCAGUUCAGAUUCUUCUUCUAGUGAAUCUGAUACUAGUCUUAGUGAUAAUGAAGUACUGUCUUACAAACAUAUAGUCCAUUCAAUUAUCUUUCAUUUGAUUCCAAAUUCUGUCUUACAAACCCUACAAUAAUUUUAAAAUAAUUUUUAAUAAACCCAAACUCUCACUUCUUGGGCCCUGAUCUGAAUAACCGCAGCCUAGUCAAUUUUUUGUUUCUUGAGCACUCCAAGGUCAAGGACACUGAAAAAAAAUUUUUUUUUACUGUGGGCAAUAUACCCAAUUUUAUCCCCACCAUUUACCUUUCUAAAAAUAUAUACUUAUGGGAGUCUUGUAUCAAUAUUUCUGUCAUUUAAUGCUACUCUAAAGGCACUCAAAAAGCUCUGAAAAGCUGCCAAACUACAAAAUGAUCUAUGCCACAGUUCGUGGGUUAAAUAAAGUACAAGCCAUAUUUUUUUCUUUUAAUUUUAUUUCAGGGAACAAAAGCUCAAUACUUGGCAGCAAAAGCAUUGAAGAAACAGUCCUGGAGGUUUCAUACAAAAUAUAUGAUGUGGUUUCAGCGACAUGAAGAGCCAAAGCAAAUUACUGAAGAGUUUGAAAUGGUAACCAACUGUUCAACUGUCUGAAUAAUAUUUUAUUUUAUCAAAUUGAUAGUUAACAUCUAUGAUAGGCUUACACUUUUUUUAUUUAUACUGGUAAAACAUUUUACAAAUUUCACUGGAUGUUCUCUAGCCCAUAGAUGCUGUACAAUUUUUACAAAAUCAUCUAAAAAUUAACUAUACCACAAUGUUUUGUGAUGCACAUCUUUUUUUAAAACUCCCUUGUAUAACCGGGAACAAUGUAAGGUACUAAGUGGUUCAUGUACAAAAAACAGAAAUUGAUGCCUAACAAUUAAAUAAAAUUAAUGUCAAGCUUGUUCGGCAGACAGCUUAAAUUAAUUUUGUAAAAAAAAAAAUAUUUUGGUGCAAGUUUUCAUUUUCUAAUAUAAUGGAAUAUUUUUAAAAAAUUAAAUGUUUUUUGAAUUUAUUUCUUUUGAGUCCUAUGGUAUAUUAAAUGAUGUGAUUGUUAAAUAUGAUCCCCCUUCAUUUUUCUCAAAGAACUAAAGCCAAAAAUGAAAUUGUUUUCUUUUGCUUGGCCAAAGUACACAUUUGAAAAAGAGGUUGUUACAUUGAAUAGUUGACUUACAUAUUUAAUAGUAUAUAAAAUAUUUCUGAAAUAUACAAAAUUUGCAGUAUUUAUAGCCCUUUGAUGCUGUUUUCCACUGAUUAUUCACAUUUAAUGGACUCUUAACCCACAAACUGUGGCAUGCAUCAUUCUGUGGUGGGGAGCUUUUCAGAGUGUUUUGAGUGCCAUUUGAAAUUGCAUUAAAUGACAUAGAAAUAUUGAUACAAGACCCCUAUAAGUAUCUAUUUUUAGAAAGGUAAAUGGGUGGGGAUAAAGUUGACCAUAUUGCCCACCCCGUAAAGAAAUUUUGCUCAGUGUCCUUGACCUUGGAGUUCUCAAGGAAAAAAAAUUGACCAAAUGUCUUGCUUUCAAGUGCUCAUAACAUCAUUAAUUUUUAUAGAUACACUUAAAACACAAAUCUAAAUUUUGUAACCAAUUCAUUUAUCUUUAAGAAAAUGUAUAGUUUGCUAAGGUUUUGAUUGCAAUUAAACCUCUGAAAGCAAUAAUAGUAAUUUUAGGUCAUUUUUAUAAGAAACGGGUACCACUGCUAAAACCAAGUACAAAAUACGAAAUCUCAGGCAAAAUAGUUAUUUUUUACUAUAACAUUUAAAAAGGAACUGUGGAACUGAUUUGGGUUGUUUAACUAUAAAAUUUAUUAGUUCUGAACUAUAAUCUGUAGCUUCUGUGACUAAAAUUCAGUCACUCCUUGUCCAACCUCCGGGCCUGGCUUGAAGUCUGACAGCAGCCUCAGUAGGCCUACUUCAGUAUCACUAAGACUAGUAUAAAAUUCACGAGAAGUAUAAUCUUAACUGAUAUCGUCAUGGGGAAUGUUAAAAUCAUCAUCAGUAUCACUUAAAACAUCUCCUAAAAAGCUUUCAAACAUAUUUCUAUUAGUUCUUGCCUUGAAGGCCCAGCCAUGGCUUUAACCAUUUUAGCUUUUAAAAAAACAGCGAUAUAAAACUCUGAUUAAAAAGUAUUUAUUUUCAAGUUAUCACGAAACAGCUUGAACCGGAAGAUGAUUUAAUUAUUAAUAAAAGGAUGUGGCUAUAAUUCCGGUUAAAUAUUGGAUUGGAAGUUGCUAUUGGGCAGUGUUUUUUAUUGGCCGAUUUUUUGGCCGCCACUGUACAGAACGAGAAAGUCGGCCGAUUUUUUCAGCCAACCACAGUUCGUGGGUUAAUUUAGAAAAAAAAAAAAGACAAUGAAAUAUAACAGUUUUAUUACAAAUAAUGCUAAAAUAAUUUGGCUUUAAAUUCCCCUUACAGUGUAAGUAGAUUAAUCUUAUAUGAAUAAAGUUAAAUAUUGGAUUUGAAGUUGCUAUUUGGCAGUGUUUUUUAUUGGCCGAUUUUUUGGCCGCCACUGUACAGAACGAGAAAGUCGGCCGAUUUUUUCAGCCAACCACAGUUCGUGGGUUAAUUUAAAAAAAAAAAAAAAAGACAAUGAAAUAUAACAGUUUUAUUACAAAUCAUGCUAAAAUAGUUUGGCUUUAAAUUCCCCUUACAGUGUAAGUAGCUUAAUCUUAUAUGAAUAACUUGUUAUCAAUAACGUUUUGUAAAUUUAUUAAUCCUUUAAUAUGAAAAAUUAUUAUUUUAUAAAUAACAGCUGAAAAAUGGGAUUUAAUCAAAACCGUGAAGUAAAGGUAAGAAAUGUGUUGACUCAAUUUUUAAAUGUUAUUUUCUUGACUCUCCCCAGGGCACAUAUAUCUACUUUGACUAUGAGAAGUGGGGCCAAAAGAAGAAAGAGGGUUUUACAUUUGAGUAUAGAUAUUUGGAAGAUAGAGACUUGAACUAGUUGAGUGUACCAAUCUGUUGAGUCCAUUACUCUGUCCAUCACUUUCGUCUUACAUCAGAGCUUGUGAUAAAAAAGGGGGCUAUAACUGCAGGAAAACAAUCCAGGCACUGUCAUGCAAAACCGUUUUGAUCCCACAUGACAACUACACUUACAAGUAUUCAGCUUUGCAGCUAAAUGGAUCUCAAACGUGUGCGAGUGCUACUCACAUCUCUCAUCCUCUCUCUCAUGAACGACCUGCAUGGCAUCACAGGAAAUGGAGCUGACUAGCUGUUAUCCACCUGCAGUUUCAGUGGGGCCGUCCAAAGAACAAAGUUUUCUAACCCACGGUGUACAUAAAACCCAGCAUUUAACAAACACUUAGCUUCCUCAACAAGUUACUGGUAAAUUAAAGCAAGCCUCUCAGCCAACUCACUACGGACCAUAGCAUGUCUGAGGCCAGGCAAAGUAAGAGAUCUCAUGGCAUUGGAAAUCAACCCCAUAAUAGUGUUAAGAAUGAAAGACACCUGUAAUCCCUCUUCGCUGGCUGUGCAAUCGUAUUUUCACGGAGUAUAAGGAUUAGCUGUGAUCUGGUUAUUGUUAAAAUUAAUUUUUGUCGAGAUUAUUUUGAAGGGGGCGUAUUUUUUACUACCACAUUAAAAAGAGCACUCAGAUUCUUUAGCCUGUUGCACCAUAAAUUUCCGCUAAAGUUCAAAAUGGUUUACAAUGCAAUAUUUUUGUAUACUGUUAUUUUUGUAAUCAUACCAUGUCUUUCGGCUGGUUAUGUAGGAGCAAUGGGCUUAUUGAAGACUGAAUUACUUUUGUGGUAAAGAUCUAGACAUAAAAAAACUAAGGUUUUGUUCAGUUUUUUUUCUUUAGAAAUUCUUGACAAACUACCAGCCCUUGCUUCAACUGUUAAAUCAUUUCAUAUAUUUUUUCAAAUACAAACUUUAUUCUAAGCUAAAGUUACAAUUUUUACUCUUUUUUUUCCAAAAAAAGGUCUUAAAAACAAAAUUGUUUUAAAAGUUCCAUAAAGUAGAUAUUCCUGAAGUACCGGUAUUCAAUAGCAUACUUGGCUUAUGAUGGUAGUUUAAGGCACAAACUUUGUGAAUAUGUGUCAAAAUUCUCCAUAACAAUAAGAUCCUUGUCCUUCCUUCUCUGGCCUUGUGAUAAGGAAGCAAAGUGAUGGUGCACCAUUUGCCUCUGUGCCUGACUCCCAAAAGCCUAGGCUUAUUUUUUGUUUUUUUAGCUUGUUUUCAGUUAUCAGCAGUAUUUUCAAAAAAUGUAUUCGCAUCCAUUAAAAAAUAGCAUUCCAAAGUCAAAAGCUCCACGCUCUCUGGUUUGUAACAGAAGCAACAAGAAAAAUUUGAAACACCCUUCGUUUAAAGCCUGAUCUGAAAUUUGAAAUGAGAUUCAAGCUUUUUAACCUGAGUUAGGCUGAUCUAGGUAAGGAUCAACUCUUCAGAAAACUCUCUUUAAUCAAAAGAAUUUCUGCUUUAUGGCAUUGGGUGUGACAGGCGUCCAUUUAUAAGUUAAAUUUCACAAGCAUUUCAGAAUAAUGUUGGCCAACCGUUGUCGCUCCCCUUCCCUUGCUUAGUUCAUGUUCCAUCAUGUUUACCCAUCAUAUUUGACAUAUCUGCAGGAUGGCAGGUCAGCACAUGUCCUGUUGUGUUGUGUGGGUUGGUUGGUUCUUUUUCUUUUUUUUUCUUGUUAACAGUAAUGAGGAUCGUGAUUGUUGUGCUCGCUGGAGAAUGCAUGAAAACUGGUCUUGUGUGGUCAUGCUUGCUGUGUGUGCUGCUGUGAUGUAUAGUGUGCUGUUGGUCAAAGGAGGGUUUACUGUACAUAAAGAUGUGUAUGUGUGUUUCCUGUCCCCUGCAUACUUGUGUAUAUCCAUGCAUUUCAAUAGUGGUCAUUUAUUAUCAUUUCAGGUUGAAUAACAACCAAAUUAUUCUAAUUCAGAGUAAAUGUACUUAAAAAUUGUUUCUGAAGUGGAAUGUUGGAAGCUUUGGCAGGCCCAAGUUCACAACUUUUUUUUUUUUUAAUCUUUAAUUUUUUAUUUGUGCAAGCAUUAAUCAUCUUUAAGAGUUAUCUAAACUGAUAAUUAAAUAUAGUUUUGGUUGUUGUUUUUUUAAAAUGUUGUUUAUACACAAGUAAACAAGGUAUAGUUAAAAGAACGUACGAAAGGAUUGAGAGAAUAGGUGAUGUUGAGUCGGGAGCUCUGUUGUAUGAAGGGGAAGAGUUUGUGCAUAGGAAAGAGCAUAUGGAUCUUAAAAGUUCUGGUGCACAUACAGCUAAAUGAUGUCUUUAUUUUUGUACUGCUUGUCUCGCCUGUUAGUAUGCAAGUAGUGGUCACUGGAGUCUUUUUUUUUUCCAUUUUUUGUAUAUAAGGUGACUAUGGGGACUAUUGCUGCUUGCUAAUGGGUGUUGGUGAGGUGCAAAACAAAUCUUUUAAAACUAAAAAAUAAAUGAUGAAAAAAAAAUGUCUACAGUACAAACUA